UUAUCGCGCAGACAGGGGCCGCCCGCGGACGCGUUUAUGCCGCGGAGGCCGCGCCAGGCCGGGCCGCGGCGGCUCCGUGCCAACGGCGGCCGCGGGGCCUUGUGGGGGCGGUAGUUCCGGCGGGCGGCGGGGCCCGGCGCUCCGCGGGGCCCGGCGGCAGCGGCCGCGGCGCAGGGUCUCCUUUUGCAACAGGAAAAGAGCAUAUCCCUGAAAAGCAGCUCCGAAAUUCUUCACAAUCAAAAUCCUAUCCAGACACCUAAAGAGCUUUGAAGUCCUCCGUAAAGAGGGUUAAGAAAUUCAAAGAAGUCAUUGCCCUGAUGCUGUGAACUAGAUGAUUGCUGUAGCCUUUUACUUUCAUGGAGCUCCCUAGCAAAGAAGCCUGAUAAAGCAGAUACACGUGUUUGACUAUCAAGGUUGUGGAUCAUGGAAGAACAACUACUAAACAACAGCAUCCUUGAUCAGUUUAUUAAUAGUCAUGAGCAGUCAUAUGAAGAGUUUCUAUAUACAUUCACUUACCUUUCGAAAGCAGUGGAAUCCCUAACGAGACGUUUCCUUAAUUUGGUUAACAGACUGCUAAGAAGCACUGUAUUUUCCAAUUACAUGAUGUGGCACGCUCCAUUGAUUGGCACUCAGAAGUCUGUCCUGUCCUUGUCCUUCAGGCAGAAUCUCCUUGCAGAGGAAGAGGGGAAGACAAUGCAAGGAUGUAAAGUGGAUUCCCGAAGAAAAGCAUUUUCUACAUCUGAGUUACCAGGCAGAAAUAAAGAGGAUGAUGGCUCGCCUGGAAGAAGCAGAGAGUUGUCUGUGCCUCUCGCAUCACAGAUGCCAAAUGGGAAUGAGACAGAGAUGAGUGAAUGUUGGAAAGUUGGUCGCCCUGAUGGAAACAAUCUCAGCCUGUCUGAAAGAGUGAAGCUUUUCCUGCAGGUGGACAAGUACUUAGAUUUGCAAGACAUUGACACAGAUGAAGAGAUAUACAGUGCAGGGUCAUUAGUUCUUCCAGGAGAGGUGGAACAGACAGCGACUUGCUGUACACUUUCUUUUGAUCAGCCUAUUCAGUGGAAGUUCAGGACCUUGUCAGUUAUACAGCCAUCGGACAGCAAAACACAAGAGCUACUAGGGGAUGAUGUUCAGCCAUUCUCACUUGAUGAAGAUUUUGAUUAUGACAAUGUGGCUUUGACCCCUAAGUUCUCUGAAGCUGAGCUGAAGGCCAUUACAGACUUGUCUGAAGAGAAGAAAAUGGAGAUAGAUGUAAAGUCAGCAGGAGCUAAAGACUGAGUCAGAUGCACCUUGCAUGGCAUUCUGUGCAGUGCUGUUGAAAUAACAUUUUUAUGGGGUAAAUCUAGCUGCCUGUUGUACCCUUAUUUCAUCUUUUUAUCAGUGUGGUCUGUAAAUAACAUCCUCAAGAUUUUUUUUAUUUGUUCCACCAAAGUGUCUUGGAGCCCUGAGACUGCCUUCCCACCCACCUUCUUCUAGUCCUAAUACACGCACAGAAUAGAAGGAAGAGUAGCCCUUCAGCCAGCCAGGAAGUAUUUCUUUCCUUUUUAUAUGUAUGUAUAUGGACUUGUGCAUUCAGGUUGGCUACGGAGGUCUGUAUAUGUCCCUAAAUCCAUCGGGAUUUUUGUAUACAUCUUGGCCUUAUAUAUUCUUAGGCUCCAGUCCUCAGCUGCUUUGUUGUUCUCCCGAUUGUACAGGGCAGUUGGAAGGAUGUCUCAGACGACAGCCAUGAAUUCCCUUUUCUAGAAGAAUCCUUGAGUAGGGCGAAGCCUGUAUUGCCUCAGGCUAGGCAUGCUGACAUAAUUGCUCCUUAACACCAACACAAGCUGGUGCAAUUCAGAAUAGUUGUAUGGCUACUCUAACUUGUAUUUGGUACCAACUCCAGUUCCUGACUAACUCAGAGCUAGUCCUGAAACUGCCUUUGCCUAUUUCGUUCAGCAAUGCAAGUAAGAACUUUAUGCAGCCUUUAGGAAUCAGCCUUUUCCCUCUGCCUACCUUUCUAUCUAUUCAAAGAUACAGAAUUAAACCAGCAAAGAAAUCUGGGAAUGUUUUUCAUCUCUUCUGCGUUACUUCAGUUCUGCAGAGAAAUAAAUAUUCCUAUUUCCAAUAAACUUUUUAAAACAGAUGAUCAAAAUUGACUCUGUGUAACUGCUGACAAUUAAAAAAUUAACUGCUACUAAAAGUCUUCCAGACAGAGAAAAAAUAGUGAUCUCAUCUGUUAAAGAAAUUGGCACUGAAAUGCUGUCAGAUUUUACAUUUUUUUACAGGAGAUGAUUCCAGAUAGCAGUUUAGGACUUAAACUUAGCAUCACUCAAUACAGGAAGCUCUGGAGUUGAGUAAAAUAUGCAUAGUAUAGGUGGGAGAGAAGAAUGUGCAUCUCUGACACAAGAUAGUAUGUCCUCUUGCCAUGAGAUGUUUAGAAUUCAGCUUUUCUCAGCAUACCAGAGAAACUUUGCUCGUGAGGCUUGGUUUAACAUUACAUUACUGAAUUGUAUUAUUGGUCUUUUUCAUUCCAGUAUAACUCCAUUAGCUGAAGUUGAUUGACCAACAUCUUCUCCUUGGCCUGUCUCCAUUAUCUCUGACAUAGGGGACUAACAUGAUGAAUGUAGUAAGAGAGCCUGAGCAGGUAGAUUAGAGACCAAACCACAUGUUUAAAGGCUUUGGAUGAAAUCCAUAAGGCUGGGUGCUCCCAGCAAUUGUUAGCAAUUUAUAAGAGCGAGAAAAGGUGCUUUGUUGUUCCAAAGGAAAUUAUUUGGAUCAGUCAUUUGUAGACUAAAAUCAUGUACCACUGAAACCCAAAUUUAUUUUCAGGAAUUUGAUUAGGGGGAUAUAAUUUAAAGGUGAGAUUAACAAACAACAGAAAAGCAAGCAGUCUUAGCUAAAAUGUUUAAGGAGAGUGAUAUAAAACCAGAAGUGUGUUGUGUAGCAAAGCUGGUCUGUAUAGGAUCUUGUUGGUAGAAGGUAAUGAGAAAAUUAUUUUUUACAUCUACACUCAUACUGGUCCUGUAGUUAAAACAGAUUUUGAUAGAAUUGGCUGUAUAGCAGAUUUUGCUGUUGUUUGGGAAACAUCCUUUUUAAAAAAAAUUUUGGACUGAAUUGAAUUGAAUGAAGAAUUUUGUUGAACGCAAGAUAUUUUGAAUGAAGAUCUUCAGACCCAACUAACUGCAAGUUUUCAAUGAAACAUUCAAAUAAAAAUUCCUAAGCAGA